AUGACCCGCACCAUCUACCUAGCCCUCUUCAACAACGGCCCCAAACCCGCCCACUACGCCAUCUGGAUCCCCAAACUCAACCCAGACAUCCUAGGCAAGCUCAUCCAAGUUGAUGGAAACCCAGCAACAGGCUUCCACCUCCAAUUCGUGCGCAACUAUAACAUCGCCAGUGAUACGCUUUCCGAAUACAAACUCACCCCGCUGGCUGAAGUUGAUGAUAAAUAUGUAGCUGAUCCUGCCGGUACGGAGCGGUCGAUUGAUACGACUGCUCGGGAUCGGUUGGAGUCUGUUGCGACGGUGGUUAAGCCGCCUGGACGGAGUGCUAAGCCUUUUGAUUCGGAGGCGCCUAAUUGCCAGAAUUGGCUGUAUAAGUAUGUGCAGAAACUUAUCAAGGAAGGGUUUGUUGAAUCUAGCGCUGGUUUGGUUGUUCAGGAUGCUCCAAAGGUAUUUGAGAAGGCAUGA